AUGGCGCUCAGGUUCUUCGCGGUUCAGACGCUGCUCUGCCUCGUAUCUUAUACUCUGGCGCAACAAUCAUGCUUCGAUUCCUUCGUUGUCAUGCCCGCUCGUACAGCAUCCUGUCAAACCCCCGGUGUGACUCCAGGUCCAGGAACAACUGACACCGCGGAUUCGACCUGCCUCGUUCGAAAUCCACCGGUUGUCAAAAGGAACGACUACACGUACUUUCCAGGCAUCGGGGGCUACAAGCUGCACUAUCAACCACUUCCUUGGAACAGGGCUCGAAGAAUCUGCGAAGAUGAAGGUGGGCACCUGGCCAUCAUCAAUUCCGUGGCAGAGAGAGAUGCAGUGAUGAAAGUGAUGAAGGCAAAGAACCCGCAACCGUUAUACGUCAGUCUGGGCUUCCACGAUCUCUACCAGGAGGGCCAAUACGUUACCAUCCAUGGACAAGACCUGGACAAGACUGGGUUCUAUGAGUGGGCGAGUAGUGAACCCACUGGUACUGUCGCGGAAAGUUGUGGAUCUUUGCACUCGAGUGGCGGACUCAAUGAUCACGGUUGCCAGAUACCAUUCCAUUUCAUAUGCGAGCUACCCAUCCAUUGACCGUGGUUGGAAAAGCGUGAAACUAAGAAACGUUGACGAAACAAAACAGAUGAUCAAGUCAGAAUU